AAAUUGAAACUGAAAAAAAUAUCUUUGAAACUGAAAAAGAAUAACUCACUAGCAAAUUUAUUGACUUCGUUUUUAGCACACUGCAUGUUUUGCUAACUAUUUCUCAUAUUUCUUUCGCUGAUCUGAACUUACAAAUGCACUUCUAGAGUUUUCAUUUACGCUUCUGACAUUUUCGCUUACGCUUCUGAAGUUUUCAUUCGCAAUUCUGUCCCAUACCUACCGUGUGGGCGGGCUUAACAGCGGUUUGCUCUCAUUGGCUAGUGAGAUUUGGAUUGACAGAUCCUUGAACCGGAAGGAGAGACUUCAGCGGCGCGAAUUUUGGGAUCUGCUGCAGACAUUCUCUGGAUCUGUGUCUAACAACAGUAGCAACACUGUGAUAUUAAAGCACAUCAUCGAUCAAUAUUAAUAAAACCGAGAUGAGUAAUAACCAGGAGCGGCACGGAGCGUCAUCAACAUCCUCAACUGCAGGGCAUUCGAGGCAGCCCGAGGUAACGUUACGUUUAAUAUCAAAUCCAUAGACAAAUCUAGAAACAAGUUUUUUCUGCUCUGUCCAAGUUAUGUCUUUAUGUCUAGUAGAUCGAUUUUGACGUGUUUAUAUUCGUAUUAUUCACAUGUCUGCAGUGCAAUUUUUGUAGUUUGAGUACUUUGAUUGCUACCCCCAACAUUUUUAUUACCCCAACAUAUGUGAUGCGUUCAAGGAUGUUACAUGAUGUAAUUUAAGCAAAGAUCUCAGACUGAUCUUUAUUCUGCAGCAAGGCUCAAAUGGUGGUGCAGCAGAUGCUGCAUCAGCUAUUCAAAACAUCAUAGAGGUGCUCCACCAGUCGCUGGGUAAAACCAGCACAAGGCAGAGUCAGAAUCAGGGGAAUCAGAAUCAGCGCUCAGGACAGUGCCAGACUGUGGACCAAGAGAUGGCCAGGUCUUUCCCAGGAUUUUUUAAGCGGGGGUCCAAAAGGCGUUUACCCAGCUGUAGUAAACCAGCUAAGUUUAGUAAAGCUUGGAAACCAUUUGUGUUUUCAGUGUUUCUUUUAAAUAAAAAUGUAGAAAUGACCCCUUCAUCAGCGGAGGAGCUGCAACUCAUGCAGGCUGGACUGGGGAAACGAAAUCUCUCAAUGGCUGAUGAUUUGACGCAUUCAGAGAUUUCCAGCUUGUUUUGUGAUACCUAUCCCAAAAUGAAGUCAGCAUCUGGAGGAUGGCUUCUCUACAAGGCAUCUGGUGGACAGGGAAGGCGGCGUCUUAAUCUUGUUCCCCCGGAGUCGGACGGAUACAGUGGCAGUACCAUCAGAUGUGCAACUGGAGGGGGGAAAACCAUGCUGUAUAUUGUACCUUUACAGGAUGAGUUCGAUCUUUCUCCUCUUCCCUCCGAUGCACAGGAAUUUUCGCUAAUGCCAAAAGCAGAAUGCAAGAAAUGUUUUAAAAUGAUGCCACUUCAAAUUCUUGCCCUGCAUGUGAGGGAAUGCGAUACUCUGGAAUAUGAGACACUCUCAGAUUCGGAACCAGAGGUACCUGAUUCACCUCGUGCCUUUGAGGAAAAGUCGACAGAUGCAGAGUGUCCUGUGUGCAUGAAAACGUUUCCUCUGAUGGAAUUGGAGAUCCAUGCAAGUGUUUGUGGUAACUUGGAAAGUUCAGAGUCCCUUCAAACAAGGAGCCCUGAUAUAAUGAAGCCACAAAAUAAAGAGAUGUCAUGGUACUUUCAUUUAAAAAAUGAGGAGGAUGUCCUACGAUGGCUAGCUGCUCAAGUUGACGCCUCCAAGGAAUUCAGCAUCUGUGUGUCCAGAAUGAACUUUGUGGAACGAGCUCUGUUACUUUGGAGGCGACAAAAGAUCAGCUCUCCAGUCAAUACUUUAAAGAUUACUUUCUUAGGAGAGGCUGGAGUUGACACAGGUGCUCUACGAAAAGAAUUCCUGACAGAACUGAUUGGUGGCAUAGAGACCAGACUCUUUGAAGGAGAGGAGGGCAAAGGCAAAAUGCCAAAAUAUUCAUUGAAUGAUCUUGACAAUGGCCUGUUUCGAGUUGCUGGAGAGGUCUUUGCAGUUAGCCUUGCACAGGGUGGCCCAGCUCCAAGAUUUCUUCAGGACUGGUGUUAUGAUUUUCUGUUGAGUGGAACCCUUGAAAACGCUACCAAGGAUAACGUUUACGAUGCUGAGUUUUCACCACUGAUUAAAAUGAUCGAGGAGGCCUCAGACUUGUCAUCUUACUGUGAACAGAUUGUCAACUGUGGCUACACGGGGCCUAUAAAUGAGGACAACAAGGAGAAUAUAACAAGAGCUAUUGUAAUGCAUGCUGCUGCUCGGAGAACACUCAUGCUUCAGCAGCUCCGUGAAGGUUUACAGCUUUACCGUUUAAUUGACACUAUGGAGAAGAACAGGGAAGUGUGCCGCAGCCUCUUUGUUAUGCAAGGUGGUAAUGAUAAGGUGGACUCUCAUUACAUUGUAUCCCAUCUUGUUCCACAAAUGAGUGAGAGUGGCACUCUAAAACAUACCAAAGAGGUUCAAAUACUGAAUCACUUCCAGGAUUUUCUGAUGGAGCUUGAAGAUGGAGAUGCUCAGGAUGAGGCAGCACUCUCUGUCCCACAGGUGAUGCAGUGGCUGACUGGUCAAGCGCAUAGGCACCUGCUUCUGUCAGAGAGAGAGGCCUUUAAAAUUACUGUUCAGUUUGACCACACUUGUAUGCAACGACUGCCAAGCCACACACUUUGCUAUCCAAUCAUCAGUGCAUGCACCCAAACCAUUACAUUUCCCACUGCACAUCUGUCAAAUUGUGAUGAAUUUAAAGAAAUAAUGAAAACAGCUGUGCAACAUGGAGGUUGCUUUUUUAGGGUGUAGAAAAUUAACUGAAA